AUGUUGUUUUAUAUGACCACCUUGAAUCUUGUGAGAUUCUUGAUUGAAAAUGCUCCGAGACUCGAAGAGGGUGAGAGAGAUGAUCAAGCUGUUAGUGUGCUUGAUGCGUGGAAACAUUUGGAUUUUUUGUGUCGAAACUGCAUCAUAAAUAGUUUAGCAGAUUCGCUAUACAAUGUGUAUAGUACUAUGAAAACUGCUAAAGAACUGUGGGAGUCAUUGGACCGAAAAUAUAAGACUGAGGAUUUCGAGGCCAAAAAGCUCAUUGUUGGCCGGUUCUUGGAUUAUAAGACGGUGGAAUCCAAAAUAGUAAUCAAUCAAGUGCAAGAACUCCAAGUGAUUCUUCAUGAAAUUCAUACCGAAGGGAUGAUUUUGAGUAAAACUUUCCAGUAG